UUGCCCAAUGUUGUUGACCAUCACAAGUUUUUCUUCUUUGUCAUUUUUGAAUGGCCAAUUGGCUAAAUGCAGAUCUUUAUUACCGAAAUGCAAAAGCAAAAUUGUAGAAUGAAGAUGUGUUAGACAGACUUACAGAUUGGAAGUUUUUUUAAAGCAGAGUUAUCACAUAUUGAUGGCAAUAAUUUCAAAUUCUUCCAAGAUAUUGCUUAUUAACUUAACAAAUAGAGACCUGUGACUGGAUUGAUGCUUUGCAUAUUCACUCGAGUCUCAAGUCAAGAUCAUGAACAGAGAAAUGAAAAUCUCCUAGUGUAAUUAUAAAUUGGAGAAAGCUCAAGACUGAGAAAUUAAGGCAAGAAAUGGGUCAGAGCCACAAGGUUGCAGAAACCUUUCAAUUGGUUUUGCUGUAUUUUGGGUUUGCUAAUUUUCUUGUUUUUACUAAUGCUGAUCCACCUUACCCUCUUUGCUCAAACAUCACUAACCGGGCAUCUAACGCUCUAUUUCAGAAUAAUCUCAAUGAACUCAUGCUUUCUCUUCCUUCAAAUGCUUCCGUUUCAAAACUGUAUAGCUCCUCCAUUGGAAAUGAGUCAGAUCAAGUCUAUAGUCAAUACAUGUGCCUUAACUAUGUAUCAGAUGAGACUUGCAGCAAAUGCAUAAGCGCAGCAACAGAAGAUAUCGCUCAGCUCUGUACAAACGAUACAGAAGCAAUUGUAUGGGAGGAAGAAUGCCAAUUACGCUAUUCGAAUCAAAGCUUCUUAGGCCAUUUAGAUGUAUCAGGAAAUCUUGCAUUAGAUAACAAGAAGAACGUUUCAAAUCCAGAGCAGUUCAGAUCAGUUGUAAAUGAAACACUGAGAAAUCUGAUAAAGAAGGCAGCUUUUAAUAGUUCGGUUAACAUGUAUGCUACUGGAAAAGCCUCCUUCAUGGAUAUAGAGACACUCUAUGCUUUAGUGCAGUGCACUACAGACUUAUCUUCAAAUGACUGCAAUACUUGUCUUCUUGUUGCUUUAGAAAAUGUUUCUAGUUGCUUCUAUUUUUCUCGUGGGGCACGGGUUCUUAGCCGCAGUUGCUACUUAAGAUAUGAGUUAUAUGCCUUCUAUGAAGGCAAACCUGAACCUCUUGCUUCUGCAGAAAGUCAGGGGACUGGAAAGAGCAACCAUGAGAAAAUCCUGAUGAUUGUGAUCUUUGCUUCUGUAUCAGCAAUUGUGGUUAUAGCAGUAUUCAGUUUCUUUAUUUACAUGGUUUCUAUGAAAAAUGGAAUUCAAAAAUGUAGAGAAGUUGGAUUGCAUAAUAUUGGUGAUUCAAACGGAACAGUUUUCCAGCUUCAGGACAAAAAUUUUCCAGGCAGUAAUAGCCUCAGUGCUAGUGAAUCUGGGUUUAUGAAUUUGGCAUACAUACAUGCAGCUACUAAUAAUUUCUCUGAAUCGAAUAAGCUUGGAGAAGGUGGUUUUGGUCCUGUUUACAAGGGCAUAUUAAGUGAUGGAAGUGAAGUAGCAGUGAAGAGGCUUUCAAGUUUCUCUGAGCAGGGAAUAGAUGAGUUCACAAAUGAAGUUCUGCUAAUAAUGAAACUUCAACAUAAAAAUCUUGUUAAGCUUCUUGGUUUUUGUGUUGAUGGGGAAGAAAAGCUACUAGUCUAUGAAUUCAUGCCUAACAGUAGCCUAGAUCUUAUUCUUUUUGAUCCAAAGAAACAUGCUCAACUUGAUUGGGGAAAAAGAGUUUCUAUUAUAAAUGGGAUUGCAAGGGGAAUUCUUUAUCUUCAUGAGGAUUCUCGGCUUCGAAUUAUUCAUCGAGACCUAAAAGCUAGCAAUAUUUUAUUGGAUCAUGAUAUGAACCCAAAAAUUUCAGAUUUUGGAAUGGCAAGGAUCUUUGCAAGCAGUGAAGGGGAAGCCAAUACUGCUAGAAUUGUUGGAACAUAUGGAUACAUGGCACCGGAGUAUGCUAUGGAGGGACUAUACUCCACCAAGUCUGAUGUUUUCAGUUUUGGAGUUCUAUUGCUUGAGAUUAUAACUGGCAGAAAGAACACUGGAUUCCCCAAAUCCAAAACUGCUCCUAGCCUCACAGCAUAUGCAUGGCAUUUAUGGAAUAGAGGGAAUGAGCUGGAAUUGAUGGAUCCAUCGCUGGCUGAUGCAUGUUCUGUUGAAGAUUUUUCGCGAUACAUGAAUAUUGGAUUACUGUGUGUUCAAGAAGAUGCUUGUGCCAGGCCUACAAUGUCAAAUGUCGUUUUGAUGCUGAAAAGUGAAACUGUAACUCUUCAGCAACCUGAAAGGCCGGCCUUUUCUGUUGGGAGAUUCACAGAUUACCAUCCUAACGAUUGUUCUUCUGGUUUAACUGUUUCUCUUACGCCUCGGUAAUGAAGCUGAUGUACAACGCACUUGUUUUCGAUUGUAGUUUCUUCAUGGUUUUGUAAACCUGGAAGCUUCCUCAUAAUUUGCCAUCAGUAUUUGUAAAGAACAAGCAUAUUUGAUUAUUUUAAAAAUUUGUCCAA